AUGCGCUGCGUUACUGCCUACGGGAAAUCCAAGCUAAUGGUUGGCUUUUCUCGCCUGGUCGGCAAUUUUCUUGCAAGUCCCCCUCUCCCCACGCUGCACAUCCUUGCCGUGGAACCUGCAAGCGGUGACGUGGACGAGCUUGAAAAAGAGAUAGCGACAGCGAGGAGCGCGCCAGGCGGAGGCACGAGAAGCGGCGGCGGCGCGAUGGCGACGCGAGGUCGUCAAGGGAUAAAGACGCAGCACAAGCGGAAGGGAAAGGAGAAGGGUGGUGAGGAGGCAGGCACAAAAACCAAGGCAGGGGUAGCGGAGGAGGAAGAGGAGGACCUCACACCCAAUCCCGAGGUGCCCCAAAUUUCCGACUCGGACUUUUUCGCGCGCAACCCCGAGUUCUCGACCUGGCUGCUACAAGCCAAGCGCCUCUUCUUCUCCUCGCUCUCCUCGGAGCAAACGCACUCCCUCUUCUCCCUCUUUGUCUGCACCUGGAAUGCCGGCAAGCUUCCACCAAACUACUACGAUGGAUCCAUCACUGCUGCGGCUGCCCCCCGCACCAACCACGACUGGGGCCUUGGGGGACGGGCAGGGGGAGCAGGGGGAGCGGGGGGGGCGGGCGCGGGGGGAGUGGGCGGAGCUGGGGGGUUGGGGGGAGCACAAGGAGGGGGAACGGGGGCCUGGGGCGCUGGGGGCACCAGUGGAGGGAGAGCAGGUCGAGGAGGGCUGGAAGCGGGAGGGGAGGGGGAUGAGGAGGAGAGCAGGGCGGAGAGGAAAGCGAGGGAGAGGAUGGAGAGGAAGCGGGAGAGGGAGAGGCAGGCAAUGCGACUGGAGGAGGUGGUUCCCAGGGAGACGGGGCGAGAGGCGGUGAUCGCGGAAAGAAUGGCGCGGCGCAGGGAGAGUGCGAGGGAGAGGGAGCAGAGCCCUGAGAUGGGGAUGAAGGAGAAGGAUGUGAUGGGCGGUGGGGAUGACUUCCAAGCCAGGUGA